UUACGCAAAAAAUGUGUGACUUUUGAUAUUGUGCGACGUUAUGUCAUGUUUAAUUUUGACUUAUUUAAUUUUUGUUGAUUUUUUGCGUUUUUUAUAAGUGUAUUUUUAUAUUCAUUUUAAUUAUUUUUUACCAACAUGCCUGACGUCCGCUUUUACGAUAAUAUGUUAUUCAACUAUGAAACAACAAACAGGACAUAUUUUCAACCUGAAAUAAUCAAUUAUUAUCCCCCAACAUUGUACCAAGAGAAAGUAUCGCGCCCAAGACCCGCAUACAAACCGUUAAAGAAUAUCCAUACUCUUACAGAGUUCAAGAAACACGAUUUACCUACGGAAUUAUUUGCAAACCAAAAACAAAUUAUCCGUAAAGAUGCUCACAAAGUCCACAGCGCUGGCAUUGAAAAUCCUGUGGAAGAGGGGAAAAAUCAUGUUCAGGCGACGCGGCCUCGUCUUGUCAUGCCACCUGCACUUAGUUUGGAUGAUAUUAAAGAUUCUAGUAUCCGCGAAUUGCUCAUAAAGGACAUCUAUCAAUCUAGUGUUAAUGUGAUGCAAACAGAUGUGUCGACAGCAACUGGAGGAUGUCGCGCACCGCUAGACGGAAAAUACUCGCCGGCGAAUCCGAUGGCGUUUGCAAAACUUCAAAUGCCGGUAGUACCACCAGAAUGGAGAAUGGACUCAGUGACGUGGGACAACAGACAAGUUCGUGGACACUGCAAUCCAGAUAAGUCAUUUUACUUGUCUCAACCUUUAAGGUGCGAAGUCUGCAUUUCCACAUCGGAAAGAAAAGCUCAGAAGAAAACAAAAUAUUCAAACAACAAGCUUUAUUAGUAUAGACAAAAUAUACAUUAAAUUUUCGUAGAUCAACGUGAAUACAAUUUUAUAAUUUUUAUAACAUUUUUAUUUUUUAACUUGAGAUUAUUGGAAUAAAUGUUUAAUAUUACUUUUUAUUUUUACUAUAUUCGAAUAAAGUUAAAAACAGCCUAAAAUCUAAGUAUCACAUCUUAACAGAAUUAACUUUUAUUUGACCGCAGUCUGUAAUGAGAAAAACGUUGGAAACGAUUAUAAUGUUGGUCGAAAAAAUGAAAUAAACAUUUCAUACAAAGCACCUUGAGUAUAAAAACAUAUAGAAAAGAUAAAAAUAUUAUUUUUAAGACUAGAUUUAAAAUAUGUCUUAAAUUCAUCACUACUAAUAUAAAUAUCUACACUAUAUGAAUCCUAUAAAUAUUCGAUUAACUCCAACAGAUUACAGAGAGAGUAUACAAAGAAAUUAAUCUGAAAAAGCAUUCGUGAUUUUUUUUUCUUACCAUAAGCUUGUUUAAAUAAUAUGAGAAACAUUUCAUCGUUUUAGGAAUGUUCAAUAUAUAAUGCUACACAAAUAAUCAAAAGUAAAAUAAAUACACCUUCGUUUAAUUGAGUAAAUAUUAUAUGCUA